GAAACUAAAAGUAAACUGCUCGAACAACAGAAACUACGAAAGCAGGCCUAUUUUUUCCUAUAUUGGUUUGUUGCAUUAUUUGUAAUGGACAUCAAGGGAUCCUCAAGCAUCUGCCGCACAUGAUUGUGAAUAAACCCAGAAAACCUCGAAUCCCGAUCCUCUACCCCAGCCGCAAGGAGGUGCUUGUGGACAACCUGGCCCUUCAUGAGUCCCACUGCGGUCGGUUCUUGUGUCUCUGCCCUGACUGCGGCGAGACAGUGUCUAGAGAGCAGCUGGAGCAGCACCGGCUGGAGGAACACUCACAGAUCAAAUGUCCUGGGUGCGACCAACAAAUGGAGUGUCGCUCUCUGGUGGAUCACAAGGUCGAGGAGUGUACUGCGCGGCUGCUGUGCUGUGACUUCUGUGAGCUGGAGCUGCCGGUCAGGAGGCUUGAGGAGCACCAGCAGGUGUGCGGCAGCCGCACCGAGCACUGUAACACCUGCCACCGCUAUGUCCUGCUGAGGAACCUGGCCCAGCACACCCUCGCCUGCCCCGCCACCGCUGGCCCCGCCACCAGCUGGCCCCGCCGCCACCAGCUGGCCCCGCCGCCGCUGGCCCCGCCGCCACCGCUGGCCCCGCCGCCACCGCUGGCCCCGCCGCCGCUGGCCCCGCCGCCACCGCUGGCCCCGCCGCCACCGCAGGCCCCGCCGCCACCGCUGGCCCCGCCGCCACCGCUGGCCCCGCCGCCACCGCUGGCCCACCUCCUUCCAUUCGUCAUCCUCGUCCUCCUCCGACCAACGCCAUGACGCCCGGGAAGACGGAUGUGAUUUGUAUUUGCUGUCUGGGCUUCUUCCCAGCUGAAGAUCUGGAGGAACACAAGCUGGGCUGUGCCCUCACAUCCGCCUGGAUCGAGGAAGAGGAGGGAGACGGGCUCCUGCCCUGCUCAUACUGUCAGCUGCUCCUCCCACGGGUUACGCUUCGCUGGCAUGAGCCUAAAUGUAGAAUCCAUCUCUUCAUGAAAUGAAGAUGCAUUGUGCAAUGUUCACUGGACUCCAAUGGAGGGCCUUCAAAGAUGUCCGGCGGAUCUCAACCAAUACCUGAUGCAAGCAUUUGUAAGAAAGAGGACACCUGAUUGAUUGAUAUUCUAUAUCUAAGCUACUAUUGCAUUUUUAUCAUUUGAACAGAAAGUUGUCUUCCAAAUAUAUGCUUACAUUAUUCUGUAAAACAUUUCUAUAGUUAUUAACCUACCCCACUUCAAAUUGAUCUAACAGCGUGUCAAGAUAUUAAAAAUGGUUAAAUUAAAACUUAAACAAUGUAUGUUUGUAUGUGGCUGUAAGUGAAUGUAUGAAGAUAAUGUGCAUGGGGGUGGUGAUGACCACCUUCUCAUAGACAGCCACCAGCAAUCAUUCCAUUGUAUUUACUUUCAUCUAUAAAGUUAUGUUUUUUGUCUGGAAUUCAUCAGUUAAAAUAGUAAUACAUUUUUUGUAGUGCGUUUUGGAACUGUUAAUUGGCAGAGGUGCCACGUUAUUGAAAUAUAAAGCACACCCAUGGAACAUUA